GGUACCCUGAAUGCACCGUAAAACACAGACCAUCGACAGCACAGAUUAGCAGGACACUGUUGCUUUAGAAGAGAGCGUUUUCUCUAACUAAAUUCUUAAAACAGUUCUAUUAUUAGCGUGGUGUGACGAUGGAGUUCAAUACAUAAUUUCGGAGCUUCUUUAAAGCUGCCAGCGGAGGGAAAUGACAUGUCAACGGGGAAACUUAGGGCUGAGAUUUCUGGGGGGAUUUAAGUAUACUGUGACGCCUGUACUGCCCUAAAAGAGACGGAGUGAGCUGCAGCCAACUGAAGUUUACUACUGUUUCCUCGAUAACAAAGGAGCAACAUUUUUACUUUCUGAAGCCUUUAUUCGACGCCACAACCAUUGUUAAAGACUCGAAGGGGAUUCAAAAUGCAAGACGGGGGCAUUUGUUGUGUUUCCGUUGAAAAAGGACAUGAAGCUCAGAGAGGCGCCGUCUGAAUAGCAUUGGUCGAGACUGUCCUCUCAACCACCCACACCACGUUUAAUCGAGCCAACUAAAUGUAAAGGAUCGCUCGGUUUCAAGCCACCAUGGAUAUCUAUCCCCGGCCGAGCGGCGAAAUUCAGAGGAAGAACCCCCAGCAUGACUUUGAGCUCAUUCAGAGGGUGGGAAGCGGAACAUAUGGAGACGUGUAUAAGGCUCGAAAUAUUCAAACAGGAGAGCUUGCUGCUGUGAAGAUCAUAAAGUUGGAACCAGGAGAUGACUUUUCCAUCAUUCAGCAGGAAAUCUUCAUGGUGAAGGAAUGCAAGCACCACAACAUUGUGGCCUACUUUGGGAGCUACCUCUGUCGAGAAAAACUUUGGAUAUGUAUGGAAUACUGUGGUGGCGGAUCCCUGCAGGACAUUUAUCACAUCACAGGGCCUCUGUCAGAGCUCCAGAUUGCAUACGUCUGCAGGGAAACCUUGCAGGGCUUGGGGUAUCUGCACAUAAAGGGCAAGAUGCACCGUGAUAUCAAGGGUGCAAACAUACUCCUAACAGACAACGGAGAUGUGAAGUUGGCUGACUUUGGAGUUGCUGCCAAAAUAACAGCUACCAUUGCAAAAAGGAAGUCCUUCAUUGGUACACCUUAUUGGAUGGCUCCUGAGGUUGCAGCCGUAGAGAAGAACGGCGGCUACAACCAGCUGUGCGACAUCUGGGCUGUUGGCAUCACAUCCAUCGAGCUGGCGGAGCUGCAGCCUCCGAUGUUUGAUCUGCAUCCGAUGAGGGCUUUGUUUUUGAUGUCCAAGAGCAGUUUCCAGCCUCCUAAGCUAAAAGACAAAAACAAAUGGUCUGCUGCUUUCCAUAAUUUUAUUAAAGUCUCUCUCACAAAGAACCCAAAGAAGCGGCCCACCGCAGAGAAACUUCUACUGCAUGUGUUUGUGGCUCAGACUGGGCUAACGAGGAGGCUUGCUGUUGAUCUGCUUGAUAAGAUGAAUAACCCAGACAACCACCAAAAUUACAGCGAAGUGGACGAUGAUGACCUUGAGCCUGUCCCUGUAGUCCGACACACCAUCCGUUCCUCAAACAAACACCCUAAAGUGGAGAGGACGCGCUCCGAGAUCGACUCGAACAGUGGAACAGGCCUUGACCAUCCAGUCUCGAGUCCUAGUGACUCUGAGGGAAACAGGGGGGAUGCAGUUGACAAGGUCCAAUUUCAGGCGCCUCUUCUCCCAAAGGAAACUGAAGCUCAUUCUGAAAUGGAUGUGAAUAAAGAUAACGACUUCCCUUCCCCGUGGAGCCCUUUUGCAGAUGGAGGAAUAACAUCCAGUGGACACAUCGCCCAUCUGGAAGACGCCUUUGAAGAAGUUGAGUUGUCAACACUAAAACCAGGCGUACCUCCUCCUCUGCCCCCAAAGCCGCGGAUAAGCAGCCCGGCGGAGGAGCUAGGACUGAACGAGGAGAGAUCGCUGACAGUCCGUCGGUUCCCGAACUCAGAAAACGGCCCCAGCCAGGCCUCCCGCAGACAGAGCACACCUGAACAGAGCAACAAGGCGGAGCGUUCGUCGUCCGACUUCCUGUCAGCGAGUGUCAGCAGCCCUGGUGACUUAUCUCACUCCUCUGAUGCCGAUUAUGAUUCAGAUGGAAGUGUGAAUGGAGAUGGUCCUACACCGACACCACAGCACCGGAAGGAGAAAAAGGAUUUCCCUAAACCAGCAAUAAACGGUCUGCCACCCACUCCUAAAGUACUGAUGGGAGCCUGUUUCUCUAAAGUGUUCGAUGGCUGCCCGUUGAACAUCAACUGUGCCACAUCAUGGAUUCACCCAGACACCAAAGAUCAGUACCUCAUCUUUGGAACAGAGGACGGCAUCUACACGCUAAAUCUUAACGAGCUGCAUGAAGCAACAAUGGAGCAGCUCUUCCCAAGGAAGUGUACAUGGCUGUAUGUUAUCAACAACAACCUGAUGUCUUUGUCCGAAGGAAGAUCCUUCCAGCUGUACUCUCACAAUCUGAUUGGGCUGUUUGAGCAGCUGAGGAAGCCCGGCCUCGCAGCUCAGUUUCAGACGCACCGCUUCCCGGACAAGAUUCUGCCCAGGCGCUUCGCCCUGACAACCAAGAUCCCUGACACAAAAGGUUGUCACAAAUGCUGCAUUGUGAGAAACCCGUAUACAGGCCACAAGUACUUGUGCGGAGCUCUUCAGUCUGGCAUUGUCCUUCUGCAGUGGUAUGAGCCCAUGCAGAGGUUUAUGCUCAUCAAGCACUUUGAGUUCCCCGUUCCCAGUCCGCUCAAAGUGUUUGAGAUGCUGGUGGUCCCAGAACAAGAGUAUCCGCUGGUGUGUGUCGCCAUCAGCAAGGGCACCGAGCAGGGCCAGGUGGUCCACUUUGAGACCAUCAACCUGAACUCUUGUUCCUCCUGGUUCACAGAGGGAACAACUGAUCAGCAAGUGGAUGCGAUUCAUGUCACACAGCUGGAGAGAGACACCGUGUUGGUGUGCUUAGACCAAAAUGUAAAGAUCGUCAAUCUUCAGGGCAAACUGAAGUCCAACAAGAAACUGGCCUCUGAGCUCAGCUUUGACUUCUGCAUCGGAGCAGUCGUGUGCCUUCAUGACAGCGUCCUGGCCUUCUGGAAGCAUGGCAUGCAGGGAAAGAGCUUCAAGUCCAAUGAGGUGACUCAGGAGAUUUCUGAUCCAAGCAGAGUCUUCCGCCUCUUGGGAUCCGACAGGGUGGUGGUUCUGGAGAGCCGGCCGACCGAUAACCCGUCGACUUUGAGCAACCUUUACAUUUUAGCAGGUCACGAGAACAGUUACUGAACGCCCCGACCAGACAACGGGUCAAUCUUAGAAAAGCAAAUAACGUUCCACAGUUUUUGGGAGAUUUUGGACCUUUUUAAAGGGAAGCGGAUAACCGGGGUGCUUUUUUUUUUUUUUUUUUUUUUUUUUUUUUUUAAGAUAAACCGCUGGCCAGUGCAAGAGGAGCCUCUUCAGUGUGGAUUCAUGCGUAGCCUUAACACCAGCAGGAACGUUCACCGUAGCGCACAUCUCGAUGCAAAAACCGCGCGGAGCUGGACAGAAACAAACCAGGCUCAGACGAACUUUGUUACAGCGCCCAACAGUUUUCUCACUUGUCCAGCACUGUGGAAGCCGUCUCGAGGUUUUACUGACGGAAGUGCCAUUUAAAAGUUCACACACGCUGCGAUUGUAUUAGAAACAGUGGGAGAUGAAAUCGUUUCUGUCUUCUUUUUUUUUUUUUUUUUUACUUGUCACACAUAAUUAUAGCUGGUGACAGACACCAGAAGGCUCAGGAGGAGAUUUUACAGUCGGAGCUAACGGAUCACUUUUAUAGAAACCCUUGAGCCUUGUGGGUUAUUUAAGCAAUAUUUAUUAACCUCAUCUUCAGUCAUUGGGAAUGUCGGCUUUCCAGACUGUCAGUUUUACGCCGCAUCAGGAUUAACUACCUAGUGAUCAGUUCCUGAUUAGCUGUGGGUUAUUUUUUAUCUGAUGUGUGAUGUAGUUGCAUCUCCUGCUCUGCUGCAUUUUUUUAGAACUUGGAUAAAAUGUACGUUUUUUUUCCUUUUCCCCUUCACUCUCUUCUUUUAUAGACCUUUUACUUCUCUUUGCACCAUUUAAGCACUUUUGUACAUUUUUUUUUAAUUUAAAACAAAAUGACAAACUGAGGGACAGUGCUUGGUUUUAUUAACAUCUCUGCAUUCCCUUCGCAAAAUGUUUAAUAUGUACUUUUUGUAAUAAAAAAAAAGCUUUUAACACGGUAAA